AUGCAAGAGAGCACUGUAUUUGCUUAUAAUCAUGGACAAUUGUCACCCUCGCAGCGAUCGGGGGUUAUCACGCUCAUCCAUAAGCGUGGGGAUCGUCUUGAUAUGAAGAAUUGGCGUCCCAUUACAUUAUUAUGCGCUGACUAUAAAAUUGUUGCCAAAGCUAUUGCCAAUCGUUUGUUGGGUGUUAUUGCCAAGGUAAUUCAUUCGGAUCAAACUUGUGGGGUGCCGGGCCCGAAUUCGUUAGAAAGUGUUCGUUUGCUGAAGGGUGUGGUUUUUCAUGCCAAUCAGAAUCGUAAAGCAGCUGCAAUUAUUUCGCUUGACCAGGAGAAGGCGCUUGAUUGGGUAGAAUGGGG